UUUUAUGCCUUUGUUAUUUUAAGAUAAUUUCAAACGUGUGAGACGCAGCUAAUAAAUGAAUUCUGCCUGGACAAGAUUAAAUGCCAUUUUUACAUUUAGCCUUUGUGUUUUAGCUCUGUUAACAUUCUGCUGUUUUGUUUCAACAUGUUUAAAUGAUUAUACCUCAGCAACUCUUACCCCUAUCAAAUUAAAUGCCGAUAAAAUAUCUGUGAGCUUACUUUCAGACUUUACAGGUAAUGGUGAACCUGCAGAUUUAGGAUUUCUAACUUUAAAUAUCAAAGCAGAUUUAAAUCCCUUAUUUAAUUGGAAUGUAAAACAACUCUUUAUUUAUGUUAUUGCUGAAUAUACUAGUGAACAAAAUGUUAUUAAUCAGGUAAUAUUAUGGGAUAAGAUUAUUGAAAGAGAUAUAUACAACACUAAAAAGGCUAUUAUUGAUAUCAAAAAUCUCAAGCCUAAAUAUUAUGUAUGGGAUGAUGGUGUUGGUGGAUUAAAAGGAAAUGAAAAUGUUACUCUUAAUAUGUAUUGGAAUAUAAUACCAAACACAGGGCCAAUAUUUACUUCUGGAUUAAAUCUAGAUACAAAUUCACCUAAAAAUAUUAUCAGGUUCCCACAUUCCUACGCCACAACAAGACAUUAAAUUUACAAUAUUAAUUAAAAAGAUGAAAUAUUUUGAAUAAAUCUUAUCUUUUGAUAAAUUUUAUAUAUUUUAUACAUGUACAACAUGAAACUUUAAGACCUAACUAAAGAAAAUCAUUUAACUAAAUACUACAAAUUAUAAAUAUUUGUAAUUUGUUAAAUUAAUGUAUUUUGGAUUCAAUAUUAUUACCAAAGGCUCAGAGAUCCGUUGGCACUGCUAUUCAUUUUAUAACUUAGUAUAGCGAUUGUGAGAAUGUUCACUUUU